AUGCACCAGUACCAGAUCGUGGGGCGAGCAGCACCCACCAACAAGAACCCGACUCCUAAGAUCUACCGAAUGAGGAUCUUUGCGCGCAACGUGGUCCUCGCCAAGUCCCGCUUUUGGUACUUCAUGAAGAGGCUCAACAAGGCCAAGAAGAGCGGUGGCGAGUUGCUUUCCGUGAACGAGCUCCAUGACACUAGCCCCACCAAGGUGAAGAACUACGGCAUUUGGCUGCGCUAUGACAGCCGCACCAACACUCACAACAUGUACAAGGAGUACCGCAACGUGAACAUCAACGGUGCUGUUGGGCAGCUGUACCAGGAGAUGGCCGGCCGCCACCGCGCUGAUCCCGGCUCCAUUCAGAUCAUCCACGCCACCACUGUGCCGGAUGACAAGUGCCGCCGCGAUCACGUCUUGGACGGGAGAGUUGCCAGUGUCUAUCGGAGUGAUGCUCACUUGGCGAGACCACUUGGUCAAAGAAGUCUGCUCACUUUUGUAUCCACAAGUUGGGAGGAGAUGCAUGGCGACAGGCUCAAGUUCCCCGUCGUCAGGACAGGUCCUGCGCACCCACGAGAAAGUCCUCACUUGUGGCCGAUUUCAUUGGGCCAUCUAAACGAGUUUAGGUGGCCUAUUUCUACGGCAAGACAUACUUUAUAUAAGACAUACUUUAUAGAUAUAUAG